ACUGACGGCCCGAUAGGUAUCUCGGUUUCGGACAGUCCGUACCAAGGUGAGGAGCGACUGCCACGUUCCAUGCUCCCAGGGAGAGGACUGCCAAGUCAUCAUCGGGAUGAAAGGGAUGAGGGGCGUUGUUGCAUCUCGAGUUCUGCCGACGGUCGAAUCUUGAGAUCGUUCCCCUCCCUCUCUCAUCCGCUCUCAUUACGGCCCAUCCCGGAGGUCGUUUCCUUCCUAGACCGGUUCGAUUCCGAGACUACCGACACCGCCGUCGCGCAGGUCGGGCGGGCGAUAUCGCCCGUGCCAUCAUCCCAGAAGAUCGAUAAUGCCAAAUGGCACAAGUUGUUGCAUGAGUCCAGCAGCCCUGUCAGCAGUGAUGUCGCGGUCGAAGGGAGUCGUCUAUCCGUCGAGAACAGGGUGAGUCCUGGAGUCAGUGAGAUUCGUCGACUGAAGCAAGACCCUCAGUCUCCGGACCGCACGGGUGGUUCACUUCCAGGGGAGCUUGACCGUGACAACCUGCGAAAGCCACGAGAUUCCAGCAAGCUUCCUAGUUCUAGUGACACUUCCCAGAUACUGAGUCGGUACGAAGAGUUUAUUGCUCGGUUACGGCGGCUUGAACGACCCGAUACACCUGUGCAUAGCAAUCCGACGAGUGAGCAUGCUGUCGAAGCAAACAUCGAUGUUGGGCAACUGAGCGAUGACACCCACACUCGCGAGGGGGGUACGGCGUACCCCGCUGUUUACAAUGUGCAGACAAAUGCCAGUCUGCCUUUCGAAGCCAACAAACAGGGCCUUGACUCUCUGGUUACUGGCGAUGGUGAUACUGCCCAUCUCAACACCACACCUCCCAACUACUCAAGUGCUCAAGAGGUUCUGGCCGUACGACAAGGGCCUGCGGUGUCAGAGAAAUCCGACCCCGACGAUGCGUGGAAAAGCUUCGUCUUCGGCAAUGAGGGCAGCGAAGAACUCGGUCAGGCGGCCUUCGAAGAUGCCAGACACGAAGCGAUAGGCAAUCUGCAACAAUCAACUUCACCAGCUUUCCUUGACGAUAGACCUGAUUCAGAUGCGAACAGCAACAGUGCAACUGUCGGCACACUAAUCGCGCCUCCUUAUGAUGAACCAUCCGAUCCAGUAGACGCACACCCUCUCAACGACGCGUUUUCAAGCCUCGAAGCCGCAUACCAUGAGUCGGAACCAGCGAUGGACAUCUCGAGCCCUGCCCACGCCCCCAGUGUUGAGGUCAAUGCGGGUAGCAGCAACGUGUCGGUAGCAAAUGCUAUUGGUAGCUCAGAUGUUACCGGGCCGGGAUCUGUGCAAAGCAAGGAGAGUAUUCUAUCAGAGCCAUGCGCUGGUCCGCCUUCGGUAACAACCUCGCUAGCGGUCGCACCCGCUCGCUCCCAUGUUGCGUCCAGUGAAACUGGGACGCCGGGAGAAUACUUCCGGUUUGUCCAGCCCAAAUCCUUCGUGGGCCGCCGUUCAAACGCGCCACAGCCCAACCUGGUGGGAGGGCCUGGUGUUGGCAUCACCUUGUCAAAGAGGAAGCGAGGUCGGCCAAAGAAGCGGGCUAACGAUGGCCGAGCGGAUAUUCGGGCACUCCCUAACUACAACAGUGAUCCAAUUGAGGAGUUUGAGGACGAAGAGCGGCCCCCCCAAAUCCCUCUUUCCCGCGCUCGAGCUGGCUUGAUGAUGUGUCAGGGGAAGCUUGAUACGGUCACUUCCGGCUCGGAGUACACAAAGCAGUGCAGACGGAAUAAAGUGGGCCAAGAGCAGUGAGAGAUCCUGUCUUUGAUCACCGGGCUGGCUUCACCGUAGCUUCAGUUUCUAGAUGCAGUGGACAAUGGAAGGGAAUUUCAUGUCGUAAGCCAACACAUUCGCACGACAACACAACUUUACACGUGCUUGUAGUG